GAUUUGACACAAGAUCUUCACGGCCAGCACCUGGUCAUAAAAAGUGUGGUCAGCAUGUUGAAGGGCCACAUGUACACUGACAAUCCCUCGAAAGCUCUCGUUUUCAGCUUCCAUGGCUGGAGCGGAUCCGGGAAGAAUUUUGUGAGUGAAAUUAUCGCAAGAAAUCUAUUUUUUGAUGGGAGGAAAUCAAGGAAUGUAAAGUUGUUCGUGGCCAGUCAUCAUUUUCCACAUGCCAGUGAAAUUCAUCAAUAUGAGGACAUGAUUAGGGAAUCAGUGAGAAUUCAAGUGAGCCAGUGCAAGAGGGCUCUCUUCAUUUUCGAUGAGAUGGACAAGAUGCCUGUGGGACUGAUCGACACCAUCAAACCCUACCUCGAUCACCACCAUGAGAUUGAUGGACUUGACUACAGGAAAGCCAUCUUCAUACUUUUAAGCAACACUGGUGGGAAGGUGAUCAACGAGCUGACGUACGAUCACUGGAUGGCCUCACACGACCGAGAGAAGAUAACCCUGCACAGCGUGCAGAUGGCAAUCUCUAAAAGUGCAUUCAAUGAAGUUAAAGGUGGUUUGUGGCACGGUCGACUGAUAGAAUCCAACCUCAUCACCGCUUUCAUCCCCUUCCUACCGUUGGAGCGGCACCACGUGAAGCUGUGCAUCAGGGAUGAGUUUAGGAGGAAGGGCAGAGAGGCAGACGAGAAGGUCAUCAACCUGGUGGCCGAUGAACUCCACUACUGGCCUGAGACUGUCCAGCUAUAUUCCAUGUCCGGCUGCAAGAGAAUUUCUGAGAGGGUGGGCAUCUACAUGCAUGACGAGCUAUGA